CCGCCGCCUGCUGUGCCACCACAACAAGCGUUAGCCGAUACACAGGCAGCUAUCGCAUCGGCGCGCACCGUGAUCGCUUUGAAAACCAUCUGUGCGCAGACGCGCUCUCCCAACUCUAAUGAUCGCGAUGCUGGCUUCUGUUCCGGCAGCUCUGAGGGAGGUGACGAUCUUGAUCGCAUCGAACACGCCCGCCUUGAGUCCAGCUCUCCAACCAGCCCCACUGAUGCGACGACAGAGACCUCUGAAGAUUCCGUCGAGGUUAAGGUUACACCCAUUGCGCUCGUACGUAACAAACGCAAAAGUUCCGAACCCUCCAAAGUAGUCGAUGCCAGCCUAAGUGCGGCAACAGCACCGCUGAAGAAACGUAUCCGCUAUACCUCGACCACAGAUUCGGCAGUGGUGCUGACACCACCCGCGCUUGCCACGCCGCCACUACUGCCGCAUGGCAUCUGGGACCCUAGUCAAGUGCUACCUCAUGAAUUGAUGCCCAAUCCCGCGCAAGUGUUUGUCCGACAUCCAGGCGUGACAACGCUACAUCGCAUACCCGUCGCCACAGUAGAGGAACAACUGGAACCGCUGGCGUUGGUGGCGAAGAAACCAGCGAACAGCAGGGAAAGUGAACAAGCAGCACAUUUGUACGCGCAUGCGCCGUCCGAUAAUGCAUCAACAACGACGUCCGUUUAUGUGCCGAAGAAACAGCAAGCCGCAAACAGUCAUCUCAAGUUCCAUGCCAACACCGCAGAGUCCUCCGUCCCUCUAUCGUUAACGGUGCGCGCAACUAGCCUAGCUGCAGCGGAUGUCACGAACGCAAACGCGUCAGGCUUUGAAGAGAUGCACGCAUCAGCCGCCGCCGCCGUCGCCGCCGCUUCCGCCAUAGAGCAGUACAAACCCAGCAGUGCUGAAGAGGCGCCUUGUGGCAGCGGCGCUAGCGGUAGUGGCGGCAGCACUGGCAGUGGUAGUGCGCGUCCACAGCAACGCAACUACAAGAAUAUGACACGCGAACGUCGCAUUGAGGCCAAUGCGCGUGAGCGCACGCGCGUCCAUACCAUCUCCGCCGCUUACGAGACGCUGCGGCGUUCAGUGCCUUCCUACUCGAAUGCGCAGAAGCUUUCAAAGCUCUCUGUGCUGCGUAUUGCUUGUUCCUACAUACUGACGCUGAGUCGCAUGGCGGGUCAUGAUUACAGCGCGGAUGGGUCGGAACCAUCGAUUGCCGAUUGCUUUGAUGCGGUCACAGAGACAAUACAGACUGAGGGCAAGAUCAGGAAGAAGAAGGAUGAGUAAGGCGAAUAUUGAGAAGGAAAACAACGCUCGGUUGUGUUGGGUUGUA